UCAAACACUCACAGAACCACAGAACAUUUUACUCCUCCAACGAGCUUACAUUGCGUUUAAUUUUAUUAUUAAAUAUUUUGAACUUUUAAAGUCGAAUGGUGAAACUGAAAACUAUAGAAUAUAGUAAAGUGUAAGACAAAGAUGGAAUUGUUUCAGAGUGCGCCCCUGGUUCAGACUGGUGUGGCGAUGGCGGUGGGGGGCAGUGCGGUGCCAGGCGCCGCAAGCAUGUCGCAGGCCGAAGCAGCAUCCCUCGUCCGCCCCGCGUCUGCGCCUGCCCGUGCCAGCCUGUCUGCCUCCCACGUGCUGUUAGUUGCCAACCCAAUAUCUACGAUACAUAUAUAGACUGCCAGAACACAUCUAAAUUAUUGUACUUAAGUUUUUAAAAGAAUUCCAUAACAUUAAUUGAAGUAAUGACAUGCAGGUGUGAGGCAAGUGUAACGUGGUUGCGGGUUGGCAACAGCGCGCAAGGCAUGAGACAUAGCGUUCAGCGGUGUGGCGCGACACAGGCACGCAGUGUAGUGUAGAAGCUGUUGAAUGUAGGGGAGAGUGUGGUCACAGUGAUCCGUUCUGCUUUCUGUUUCAGACUAGAUAUAAGUUAGGUUCGGAGGGCUAGGGGAGCGCUCUCCGGUGCAGCCGCGCGACGCUACGCCCCUCACAAUGUACAUACUCAUUAUUAUAUUGUGACGUUUUGAUGCUUGACUGAGACCUCGCUCGUGUAGCCACACAUGGUGUACGAAAGGAGGGCUUGCGGCGUCAGUUCCUGCGCCCGCGCCUGUGUACGACCUGCAGCAGGUGGGCGACGUGCAUGCUGGCGGCGGCGCCAGGUGGUCCGCACUGCCCGCCAUCUUAGGAGGUGCUCUGCCUCGGCUGUCGAGCGACCAGGUGGAGGCGGUGGCGCGCGCCAAGAAGUACGCCAUGGAGCAGAGCAUCAAGAUGGUGCUCAUGAAGCAGACACUGGCGCACCAGCAGCAGCAGAUGGCGUCGCAGCGGACGCAGGUGCAGCGACAGCAGGCGCUCGCGCUCAUGUGCAGGGUGUAUGUGGGCUCCAUAUCGUUCGAGCUGAAGGAGGACACCAUCCGGCAAGCGUUUCUGCCGUUCGGGCCCAUAAAGUCCAUCAACAUGUCCUGGGACCCAGUCACCCAGAAACACAAGGGCUUCGCGUUCGUCGAGUACGAGAUCCCCGAGGCGGCCCAACUCUCCCUGGAACAGAUGAACGGCGUCAUGCUGGGUGGACGCAACAUAAAAGUGGUGGGUCGACCUUCGAACAUGCCGCAAGCACAGGCCGUCAUCGACGAGAUCCAGGAAGAAGCCAAGCAGUACAAUCGCAUUUAUGUGGCGUCCGUUCACCCUGAACUCACCGAGGAUGACAUUAAAAACGUGUUUGAAGCAUUUGGUCCUAUCACAUAUUGCAAGCUGGCUUACGGUUCGUCUGCGCACAAACACAAGGGCUACGGGUUCAUCGAGUACGCGACUCUACCCGCCGCGCUCGAAGCCAUCGCUUCCAUGAAUCUGUUUGACCUGGGAGGCCAGUACCUGCGCGUGGGGCGCGCCAUCACGCCGCCUAAUGCACUGCUGGGGCCAGCUAGCGCGGGCGCCAUGCCUACCGCGGCUGCCGUGGCCGCUGCCGCUGCCACUGCCAAGAUCCAGGCCAUGGACGCCGUGGCCAGCAACGCCGUGGCGCUGGGCCUCACCAAGCUGUCGGCGCUGGGCGUGCCGCCCGCCGCCGCGCUGCCCACACUGGCGGCCGCACUUCCCGCUGCACUUCCCGCCGUGCUGCCCGCCGUGCUUCCCGCAGUGCUGCCAACGCUGCCCGCCGUCAUCCCGCCGCCCGGCGUUGUCAUUCCGCCGCCACCAGUCGCGCGGCCACCGCUCAACCAGGGUGAACCGCCGGUCGGGGCCAGCGGCGCCAGUGUCGUGCCCGCCGGUGCGGCGGCCGCAGUGGACAGCGGCGCCGAGGAGCAGCAGGCUCUGCAGCGCAAGCUGCUGGCCGCGUCGCCCGACACGCUGCAGCAGCAGGAGUCGCUGUCCAUCUCGGGGCAGUCGGCGCGCCACCUGGUGAUGCAGCGGCUCAUGCGGCGCCGCGCGUCCCGCACCGUGCUGCUGCGCAACAUGGUGUCGGCGCGCGACGUGGACGAGGCGCUGCACCACGAGAUCCGCGACGAGUGUGCCAAGUGGGGCCGCGUGGCGCGAGUCGUGAUCUACAACGAGCGGCAGAGCGAGCACGACGACCCGCUGCACGCGCAUGUCAAGAUCUUCGUGGAGUUCAACGAGCCGGAAGAGGCAAGCGCGGCGGCCGCAGCGCUCGAGGGCCGUUACUUCGGCGGGCGCACCGUGCGGGCCGCGCUCUACGACCAGGACCUGUUCGACCACGGCGACCUGUCGGCCUGACGCACACUCCACGCCGACCCGCGCCUCGCGUGAUGACACACUACACUACCGACUUAGUUUUAAGAUUAAUAUAAUUAUUGUAUGUGAUGAAUGAAGUUUGAUAAAUUAUAAUACUUUAUUGUGAACAAAA